CCCUCACUCUGAAAUUUUCAAGAACAAUUCGAAACGUGAAGCGACGGAUCUGUGGAGAGAAAUUCGUACCGGAUACAUGUUUUGAGAUGGACAAUUUCUCCCUUCAAUUUUAAUCUUUAGAUCACAAUUUUCGGGAAAUAUAAAUCUUCAGUCUGAGAUUUUGGAUUUUGAUUUUCUUCUUCUUUAUCCCACUUUUUAAAUUGUUGUAACGCUUUUGAGAGUUGGGAAUUUGGAUACAACGUUCGGUAGGGUGUGAGGAGCUAUUAACAUCUAAAGACUUUCUGUAUUUCUGAGGUUUUAUUUUGUCCUUUUUUUUAGUUUAUAUUUUACCGGUCGUUUGUGAUUAUUGAGAUGAACGAGCAAGCAACGAUGAUGAAUCAACAACAGCAGCAGCAGCAGCAAUUGAUGAACAUGAAUCAGAAUAUAAUGAGUAUGAAUCAAAUAAAUCCGCAGCCGCAGAUGGUUCAGAUGAAUCGUAGCUACGGGAUAUGGUCCCAGCCGCAGCAAUUUCAAAACCCUAACCAUAAUCCUGGUGCUAAGAAACAACCACCACCUGCUUUUAAAAAGUCUUUGGGUCCGAGGAGCAAUUGGAAGGGCAAAAAGGUGAAUAAGCCCAAUGAUAAGAGAAGGACGGAGCAGCAAAAGUCUGUAAUGGCUGGUGGAAUCGGAGGUGUUAACAUAAUUAGUGGUGGUGGCGGCGGCGUUGGGAACCUGAACUUUAAUAACUAUAACCCUCCGACAUUGAAUGAAUUGCAGCAUCAGAAUCGGUUGAAGACGCGGAAGUUUUUCCCCAAGAAAAAGUUCAAUAAGAACUAUAACAUGAACAUGAAUAUGGGUGGUAAUAAUAGCAGGUCUGCUCCCUUUGCUCCAAGGAACACCACUUCCUUCAUAAUUAGAGCCAAGAAAAGUGGUGGGAUUGCCCCGUUGGUUUCUCCGUAUCCUGUGACUCCUGCUGUUUUGCCAACCCCCAUUUUGUCUCCUUCAAGGGAGGUUCUGGUAGACAUGGCAAAGGAAGAGUGGGGGGUGGAUGGAUAUGGGUCCAUGAAAGGGUUGAUUCGGUUGAGAUCGCCUGGACAUGAAAUGGAGGCUCAUGAGGAUGAGGAGGAAGAUGAAGGCAGCUCAAGUGAGAGUGAUGUUGAGGAGCAUGUUGAGGUGGAGAGGAGGUUGGACCAUGAUUUGAGCAGAUUCGAGAUGAUUUAUGAUCCAAAUAAUGCUAAUGCUGGUGGGAUGGAGUUCCAGAAUGUGCUGGAAAAUAGAGUGGAUGAUCAGGAUACGCAUAUUGCACAGCUGGAGGAGGAGAACCUGAUUUUGAAAGAAAGGUUGUUCUUGAUGGAGCGAGAGUUAAAGGAUUUGAGGAGGAGGAUGCUAUGUCUAGAAAGGAAGGGAAACAGAGGGGAGGGUAUGAACGAGGAGAUAGUUGAGAAUGAAUCUGAAAAUGAAAGUGAGAGUCGUGGGGAGGAGGCUCAUUCGGUAGAGGACAAUAACGAGGUAUUCAAUGAAGAGAAUAUCCAGGAAGAUAGGUAUGUUAAGGAGAAAAGCAAUGAUGGGCACAUUGCUGAACAUUUUGAGGCAGCACCAAAUACAGAGAAAACUGUUGAAUCAGAUACACAAGGGGAAACGGAAAAGAAAGAUAAAGGACUAAAUGUAGCUGGGAAGAACAAUAAUAUCACAUAUGUUGAGAGCAAAGAAGAAAGAAACAAUGAGUUGCUUGAAGCAAAUAUGUCCGAGGAUAACAUUGCUUGUACAAGCGAGAAUAAUAACUAUGAGGCAGGGUUUGUUGAUGCAGAAGUUAAGGUAAAGAGUGAUGUCGACGUUGAAUCUUCUGAACAUAUGACGGUAGGAGAAGAUGUUUGUGUGUUAGAGGAUACAGUGGCAAAAGAUAACACUGUCUUAGAGAAUGAUGCUGCAAAUUGAAGUGUACAUAGAGGUCAAGUGUAGCGAUAAGCAUCGGCUUGAUGACUUCACAAUUGUCCCUCAUUAAUGCCUGCUCAUUCUCUUGGUGUUCUGGAGCACAAGUAUUUUGGUAUAUAGCCCUUUGUUUGCUGCUGCUCAACCAUAGAAGGAGAAAUAACUGAUCCAUUUGGUGGUUUUUCUCAAAUAUCUUUAAUUGCUCCAAAAUCUUGGUGCAUAGGUUCGUGUUGAUUUCUUGCUUUGUUGUGUCUGUGCACACGCACGAGCACUCAUCUUUUUCUUGGUGGGCAAGUGGGGUGGCAAUAAACCUUCUGCUGUAGAUGAUGUUGAUAAGGCUUUCGUCAAAAACUCUUAACAUGUAAUGUUCUGCAUGCUAUUUGUAAUGAACUGCAUUAUUCCAAGUUUCACUUAAUAGUGUGAUAAAUUUGUUGUCAUUUUGUGAAUAGAUGCCUUCAAUUGUUUGUUUUA